AUGACUUCAUUGCAUGCAACGAGAUAAGAUUCGCUUUUUAAAAGGAAUCAAAUAGCUAAUGUUCAGCAAGAUUCAAUAAACGAAGAUGAGGAUUUUGAGGAACCUAUCAUUAAAAUAGAUUUGGAUGAUGAAGAUGAUGUCAAAGUUGAUAAUUAAAUACUUUCUUUGUAGAUCGGUAGCAAUUAAGAUACAAAUACUUAAUAGAUUCCUGCUAUAAAAAGCAAAAGAGCUAUACCUUUGGAUAAUAAAUAGUAGGCUAAAUAAAAUAUAAAACAUCAUUAAAGAGAGUUACCAGAAGAGCAUAUGUGUGACUGCAGCAUUUGUGAGUCUUAAAAUAGAAAGAUUUCUGAAAGUUUAAAUGAAGAUCUGCAUUAUGAAGAUUCCAGUAUAAAUGACCACUUUGGAAUCGUUGAUGAGAAAAAAAUGAAAUAUAGACAAGAUUUUCCUUAUGAAAAAGAAGAAAAACCUUAAGAGAAGGACUACUCUUUCAUCUUAACUAGAUUAUAACCAAUAAAAAAAGGAAACAGAACACUUAGAUUGUAUGUCCCUGAAACUAUCUUAUUUGUGCAAGGGGAAGCCAAAUUGUUAAUUUACACUCAUAAAGAUAAAAUGAUGAGGUUCAUAAAGCAGAAAGAAAAGCUAAACUUGUAAGAAUUAAGAAAGUUUAUGAACAAGAAGAGAUAUAAAUAUAGAUAUCUUCUUGAUAAUUUAGAGUUAAGGCAACAACAAUAAUAGUAAAUUUAAUAAAAUAACUAUGUCAACUUCAAGGCUGAUGUAACUGGCAACAACUCACAGGAUUUAAUCAAAAAGAAAAAUAAAAACUAAGGAAGUGUCAAUAAUUCUCAUUAAAAUAUCACUAUGGCAUUAAAUCCAGCUCAAUAGUAAUAAAAUAGAGAAGAAAUGAUUAAGGAAAAAGACAAUAGAGAAGCAGUAAUUAUAAAAUAUGAUAUAGAAGUAGAAUAAAAGAGGAACAACGAAGGAAACUAUGUGAAUGUCAUUUAAAACUAAGUCUAAAACAAUUAAAAUGCUGCAAAUUUCAAUAGCAAUUAACAACCUAAUUAAAAUUAAAUGCAAAUAAGUAAUUUUCAAGUCAAUUAGAUCAAAAAAUAGCUUUCUUUACUACCCGAUAAAGCAAAUAAACCAUUUUCUCAUAAAGGAACCUUGACAUUGAACUAACCCUAAUAAUCAUAAAAUUUAAACUAAUAAACUUAGGCUAAUACUAUUGUCAAUUAUUAGCAAUUCAACUAAGUACUAAACGAAUUAGAAUUCUUGAAUCUUAUGAUGAAAAGAAAGAUUGAUCCAGUGUGGAGUUCGAUAUUAUUUAUCUAGAAUUAUAUGAAAGUAAAGAGAAGAAAUAUGGAGUAUAUUAAGGUGAAGUUCAGGUACGAAGAGGACUAGUGGCAUCCUCUUUUCAACAGAGCAUUGAAUGAAAUUUAAAUUAUUAAUGGGGAGAUAUCACAAGCCUCUCAAGACUACAUUAGUCAAGAGUAAGAAUAAGAAUUUGAGGAGAGAUUAGUCAAAUAAAACCUGGAAACUUAUAUCAAAUAUAUGUGCUUUAAAAUGUUUCAUUACAUAGAGGUAUUUUUUAGCUCAAAAAUUACUAGGAUGAGAACUGAAUGGAUGAUUGAUGACUUUGGACAUAUUUACUUUAUGAAUGCUUAUAAAGUGAAGCACUAACCACGUUCAAAAAUAGCUCUUUCAUCAGAAAUGUAUAUGAAGAAGCUCGAAUUGGUAGCUGAAAAAAAAUUAAGUGAAAACGCCACGUUAGAAAACCACUAUUUAAGCAUUUAAAAGAAGUAGAUUUUUGAUAUAUUUACUGAUAUGCUCUUCAAGGAACAUGAGAAAACUAAUAAAAGUCUUUAAAAGGAUGAAGUUAAGAAGCAAAUUAAAGAUAAUUUAACUAGAAUUUACUAGGGUAGAAAACAAGAGCCAGAUUAUCAAAUUCCUCCAAACAUAGUUCAAGGAUUUCUUAAAGUGAUUAAAAGUGAGUAGCCUGUUUAAGAAUUUAAAAAGUUCAUCUUUAACUAAAAUCCUUAAUAAAAACCAUCUUCUUCUAUAAACCUGAAGAAAGUUCAGAAAAAAAUUAGUACUGAUAGAAGUGGGCAAGGCAAUAAUUAGUUGACAUCAAGCUCUAACCUGAAUAAGUAAAUAUCAGAUAAAAGUAUACUGAGGACGUCAGCUUCACAAAAUUUUUAUAUUUCAGGGAAUAAGUCGGUAUUUAAUUUAGCUUAGUCAGAUGAAGCUUACUAAGAUAUGAAUUUUAAAAUCCCAUCUUUAAAAGAAUCAAAAAACAUGCCUUUGACUCUGACGUACAAAGUUAGGAAAGAAUAAAGCAAUCUAAACAGAGUGAAAAUAUAAAAUAAAGUAUUUGACCAACUGCAAGUUUCUCCUUUAUUUUCAAAAAGUAGAUUUGUUUAAAACUAUCCUCAAAUAGACUUUGCAGAUGAUAAAAAGAGAACUCUUCCUUCUUUAUUGUAUGCAUAAGAGAUUAAAAAAAUUAAUUCUGGAAAUGGCAAAUUCCACUUAAAAAAUUUUCGUAUCUUACAAUCACAAUGA